GUGUGUUCCGGUACCACCGGCCACGCCGAGGCUCUGGAGGUGGAGUUCGACCCGAGCCAGGUGUCCUUCCCCACCCUGGUGGAGUUCUUCCUGCGCAUCCACGACGCCAGCGACAUCAACGGCCAGGGCCCGGAUCGCGGCACGCAGUACCGCUCCGGGGUGUACUUCACCUCGGAGGAGCAGCACCAGCAGGCGCUGCAGGUCCUGGACCAGGUGGGCCGCGAUCACUACGGCCCGGCCGGGCUGACCAUUGCCACGGAGCUGGUGCCGGCCCAGAAGUUCUGGACCGCCGAGGAGUACCACCAGCGGUACCUCGUCAAGAACCCGGGCGGCUACGAGUGCCCCACCCAUUACAUGCGCUGGUAA